AUGCAGCGUCACGAUGGCACCGAGUACAUCCCUGCCAUCUUUGGCGGCGCGCCCCCGCACGCACAGCAAGUCAUCUCGCUCAUGCGCAUGUCGCAAGAGAUGACCACAUGGAACCUGCCGGUGAUCAUCGCGCAGACGCUGCUGGUCGCCGAGAUCGUGCGCACGUACCCGGCCGAGCUGCGGAUGCUGACGCGCCUCGCACAACGGCGGAAGCCCAACAUGGCUGAGAUUUUUUUCGUGAUCAUCAAGUACCUCGCGCUGGUUGCGGUGACGCUCGACAUUCUGGUGAUGAUGACGUUUGCCGCACGGACGGAUGCGGACUGCCAUGCGUGGGCGUGGACGUCGUCGACGCUGUACUUUGUGUGUUCGACGCUGGUCUUCUGCGUUGUGGGGUGGCGGGCGCGGAUUAUCUUCAGGACGUGCAGCGUGGCCAGCUACCUGCUGGCGGCAGGGCUGGUGGGGCAGUUUGGUGUGGCGAUGUGGACCAACUACCGCGUGAGCAAGGCGGACGCGCUGACGCCAGCGGGAACGUGUGCGCCCGCUGCUCAGGUGCACGGCUCUCCGCAGGGUAAUGAGGGGCUGACGAUCCGGUUCUGGCAGAGCUCGACGUUCUGGUUCCUGCUGUACAACACGCUGUUCGAGUGCGUCGUCAUGAUCGCCUGCUGCGUGCGUCUCAAGCGCACGUCCAGUGGCCCCAGUGGUCUGACCCAGAUCGCCAAAGUGCUGUUCUUCAACAACGUCCACUACAUGGCUGGCGUCGAGACGUGCAACGCGAUCGAACUCACCAUUCUGAUGGGCUGGACGUCCAGUCUGCCGCCGGUGCACAUUACGAGCAUCGCGAUCCAGAUUGUCGUCGGCUUGCAGAUGCUCAUUGGCGAACAGGAGGCCGUGUACAGCCCGAGCUGUUCCACCCUCUCGAGCGGCGCCUACCCUUCUGCCAACGGCUCGUACAUCAACAAGCACCACCAGCACCAGCACUCGGUCAUGUCGUCGUCGAGCAAUGCGACGUUCAUUUCGUCGCCCUCGCGUGUGCUGUCGUACGUCAAGCGCCCCGGUACCGCCAACACCGAGGCCGGAUACCCGGCCCGCAAGAACACGUUCUCGUCCUGCAGCUCGGUCCCUGCGUACGUCAAGCACAGCCCAAUGACGGAAGAGGUGGUCCCGCCGCAGCCGCCGCCAAAGUCGACCAUCCCGUACCGACAGGACGUGACCGUGUCCGUGGAUAUGUCGGGACAGUGCCCGCUGCCCGCACAUGCGCCUACGUCUGCUCCGGGUCCCAUACCCCUGUAG